GGCUUCUUAAAGGUCUGCGCAUUUAAGGGACGUUUGAAAGGAAUCCGCGAACGGGGGCAUUCCGUGUAGAGAUUGCAAGCAUGUCGCUUCUUAGGAUGCACCGCCUAGUCCGCGUUCUACCGGCAAUAAGAUUUCCACGAUGCGCGGUACGGAGUUUUCAUGCCACUGUAGUGGGACGAUACAAUUACGACCGGGAUAUAUAUGGGUUUCGGACGCCGAGGGUAUUUGAAAUGCCUGAUUAUACGAAUGAAGAAAAGCAAAAUAGGAAUGCACAAGCCAAUCUUGUUCGUCUUGUACACAUGUAUCGUGUUCAUGGGCAUCGGGUUGCCAAUCUUGAUCCCUUGGGAUUAACGCCUGCCGAUCAUGUGUUUCAAUUGGAUCCCACCCGAUACGGCUUAUCGGAAGGAACGUAUACAUUAGAAGGAAUCCUCCACAUGGAUAAGCAGCAAGCGAGUUUGCAAGAGAUUAUGACACAUUUGCGAAACGUUUACUGUGGGAGGAUUGGAUUUGAGUUUACGCACAUUCCGAAUUUAAGUGAACGGAAAUGGUUUGCGACGCUCGUCGAGUCAGAUCCGGUCAAACCGUUAACAGAUGGGGACAAGAAACGGAUUUUCGAAUUGUUGACCAAAUCAGAGGUCUUUGAUCAUUUCAUGGCAAAAAGGUUUCCGCAGGUGAAGCGAUACGGAUUAGAGGGUGCCGAGAGUAUGAUGAUUGUUCUCGACGCUUUGUUCAAGGAAGCCAACUAUGCCGGAAUACGCGAUAUUGUCCUCUGCAUGCCCCAUCGAGGCCGUCUUAACCUCUUGACAGACCUACUGAAAUAUAACCCGACAGCCUUGUUUCAUAAAGUGAAGGGGAACGCAGAGUUUCCGGAUGAUAUCCCAGGGUGUGGGGAUGUACUGUCGCAUUUAGCUACUUCGGUGGACUUGUCGUAUGGCGCGAAACAUCCUGUUCAUGUAUCCAUGUUGCAUAACCCGUCUCAUUUGGAGGCAGCCAACCCCGUCGCUCUCGGCAAAGCCCGGGCAAAGCAAAUGUACUUGUAUGAAAGCGGCUCGGAAACGGAUUGCUACAUUGGGGAUCGUGUCAUGUGUAUUCAGAUGCAUGGGGAUGCUGCAUUUUGUGGGCAGGGAGUCGUAACCGAAACGCUAGGUCUAGCCAACCUCCCGCAUUUCACGGCAGGAGGAUCCGUGCACGUCAUUGUUAAUAACCAGAUUGGAUACACGACACCCGCCAUGAACGCUCGAUCCAGUUACUAUAGCUCGGAUGUAGCGAAAAUGAUUUCAUGUCCGGUUAUUCAUGUCAAUGGGGAUUUCCCCGAGGAUGUGGCAAGGGCAACGGCCAUAGCAUUUGAAUACAGAAACAAGUUUCGCAAAGAUGUUAUUAUUGAUUUAAUUGCGUACCGUCGGAUGGGACACAAUGAGUUGGAUGAGCCUGCAUUUACACAACCAUCCAUGUACGCCAACAUUCGAGGCCGAAAGAGUGUUCCGAGACUCUAUGAAGAGAAGUUGAUGAACGACAAGGUAUUAGGCGAUAAACAAGAAAUCGAAACCCUUCGUACAAAGUAUUUCGAGCAAUUAGAUCGGCAUUUAGAAGACAGUUAUUCGUUCACGCCUACGGCGGAUACAUUGAAAGGUAAAUGGUCCGGGAUGACUAUUCCACGGCAAGUCAUCAGCGCACCGCAGACGGGUGUUGAUGUGGAGGUUUUGAAAGAAGUUGGGCAAAAGUCUGUUCAGACUCCUUCUGGAACGGUCGUGCAUCCGCGUAUCCAAAAAUACCAUGUAGAUACUCGGCUACGGAAAUUGGAAGACGGGAAGGGGUUGGAUUGGGCUACGGGCGAGGCACUUGCUUUUGGGAGUCUGUUAUUGGAAGGUUUCCCUGUCCGGAUAUCAGGCCAAGAUGUCGGCCGCGGAACCUUUUCCCAACGGCAUGUAAUGCUCGUUGACCAAAACACUGAACGGACAACCAUACCCUUAAACACCCUUUCAUCCUCCAAACUCGAGAUCGCCAACUCAUCACUCAGCGAAUUCGCAGUCAUGGGAUUCGAAUACGGCAUGAGUAUUGAAACGCCCCGUCGGCUCUGUAUUUGGGAAGCCCAGUUUGGGGAUUUCUUUAAUGGGGCGCAGAUUGUUGUUGAUACGUUUUUGGGGAGUGGGGAAGCUAAAUGGUUGAGACAGUCUGGGUUGGUGCUCUUGUUGCCACAUGGAUUGGAAGGGGGAGGUCCUGAGCAUAGUAGUGCGAGGGUCGAGAGAUUUUUGCAGUUGUGCGAUGAAGGAUUCGAUGGCCCAACGGAAAACAUCAAUAUGCAUGUCGCGAAUCCUACGACACCAGCGCAGUACUUUCACCUCCUCCGUCGACAGCUACACCGUCCCUACCGCAAACCCCUCAUCCUCGCCACACCCAAAUCCCUCCUCAGACAUCCACUCGCGACAUCGACAUUGGCCGAUAUGGCACCCGGCACGACAUUCCACCCCGUCCUCCCCGACCCUACUGCUGUGAACCCCAAACGUGUCGUGUUUGUUUCGGGGAGGAUUUAUUAUGAUUUGAUUAAAGAGCGUGCGCAACGAGGGUUGGAGGGUGCUGUGGCGUUUGUAAGGGUUGAAGAGGUUUGUCCGGUGCCCUGGAGCGAGUUGCGGAGUGUUGUGGACGGGUAUGCCGGUGUUACAGAUUGGUAUUGGCUCCAAGAAGAACCCCAAAAUCAGGGUGCAUACACAUUUAUGGAACCAAGGUUGAACAAUGUGUUGCCAAAAGGGCAUUCGUUGAAAUAUCAUGGCCGUCCACCCUCAGCCGUCCCAGCAACAGGUAUUGGAAAGCGGUACAAGGCAGAACAAGAACGUGUCAUCAAAGGUGUUUUUGACGGGUUGUAGAAAAGCCUAAGUACAAAAGAGCUACAAGUAGAUUCUCCCCAUCCCUGAUAAAAUACACACGCAUACACAUACAGACGUUUACAAAAAAAAACACAUCUUAAACACCCAAGAAAAGUCUAGCUGCAGUCAUAAAAUGGGACAAAACCUGGU